AUGUAUGACCCCUCUCACUUGGAUUGCAAAAAGGAUGGACAUGUAUCCGUUAUUCGGGAGGACUCGAAGCUAGUUUGCUACCAGUGGUCUGCCACUGAGGACCGAUGGUUGAAGGUUGGUGAUGUCGUCGGCUCAGCCGCGGACUCAGCUACGGGCUCAAAUCGGACCCUCUUCGAGGGACGGGAGUACGAUUUCGUCUUCACCGUCGACUUCGAAGAAGGUCAACCGCCGGUCAAACUGCCGUACAACAAGACUGAUGAUCCCUGGUUUGUGGCGCAGGAUUUUCUGUAUCGACAUAACCUGCCGCAAGAUUAUCUGGACACUGUUGCCAAGUAUAUUAUCAAAAAUGCAGGUCUCGCAGAGAUACCCAAUCAAAAGCAACAGCAGUCGACAGUCUCAGAUCCACUCACUGGUGGUGGUCGUUACUUGCCGGGUGACACUAUGGCGGGUGGUUCGACACGCGAGCGCACCCAAUUACCGGGCCAUGGUGACCUAUUUCCCGCGACUGAUUACAUUACUCUUGAGUCGACCAAUGUCAGUCUUCUCCUGCGAAAACUGACGUCGUUUAGUGAGACCGCAGCCAACCCUCUUUCUACCCGUGCCUUGGAGUUAGUUAGUGCACUAACUCCUCAAAUGUCAAACUCGGAUGCAAUGGAGUUGACGAAGGCCCUUCUGGAUGUGCUGCCUGGUUGGAAAGCAGGUGUGAUCUCGGUUUCCGAUCUCCAAAAUCUGCUGGAUUCUUCCGAUCUUCAAGUGCAGCCCCUCACGACUGAAGCCUCUAACUGCAUCCUCUUCGUCCUUCGCCUUUUGGCUAAUUGUAUUGCAAUCGACUCUGCCAUCAUAUCAUCAGAUGCCUAUUCGUCAAUUCCCAACUCAAUCGUUACUAUAGUCAGACUGGCCUCUCGGUUAGCCAAUCUUUUGGAGUUUAAGAAGAUUGACUUUUCGGGCAAAAAGCAUCAUCAGGUCGCCAUGGCAACGCUCCUCCAUAACCUAUCCGUGUUCGCUCACUUCCAAUGCAAGAGUGGUCAUCUGCUUUCAGUUCUUCCGGCCUUGCGUGGUCUACCGGGUCUUUUAGAGGAUUCUGAGAAAAUUCUCAUGGCAACCAAGUCCCAGCGAAUUCGACUUAUCGGUUCAGCCGUCUCGCUCGGCCCUCAGGAUGACGAGCUGGCUGGAUGGGACCACUUUCGUCAGGUCCUUCUCUUCUGGGCGCAGGCAACGGCUGCGCCCAUAAAGAAUCGUGAAUGUGCUUCUAGUCUUCUCCAACUUCUUGAAUGA